AUAAGAUAUACCUCUUUGGAUUCAGGUUUGUAUUACACGAUACAUAUAUGCUUUCUGUAUAGUAUCAACUAACAAUAUAUUUAGCCGUGGAAGCUUUAUAGCCAGAAUUGUUGCUGGAAUGAUUGAAAAAGUUGGCUUGGUAAACAAGGGCCUUGAAGAUAUGAUUCCUAUGGCGUGGACUAUAUAUGCCAAUUGGGAAAAUGCUGGACAACCAUUAGAUGGAAACAUGUCAGCUAAAUUUGCCCAAGAAUUCAAGAAAACCUUUUCUAGAAAUGAUAUUAGAAUCCACUUCAUGGGCUUAUGGGAUUCGGUCAAUUCAGUGGGGACUUUAAGGGAUCAGCUGUUUCCUUAUACUACUAGAAGUUCCAAUGUAGAUCACAUAAGACACGCAGUAAGCAUUGAUGAAAGAAGAUCCAGAAUGAAACAACAAUUGUUUAAUUCCAACGAUUCCGAUUCCGAUUCCAGUUGUAGUACUUGCGAAACAACAAGCACUUAUAACCUGGAUUCUUCCCUUAAGUCCAUUAGUGAUCUUAUUUUGAGCUUGAUCGGAAGAACCCGAACUCAACAUAAAGUGAGAAGAGAACCACAACAAAAGAACGACUUAGUACAAGUUUUCUUUCCCGGAAAUCAUGGUAAUAUCGGCGGGGGAUGGGAAUCUAAUGAUGGCAAUCAACUUUUGUCCAACGUUUCACUUAGAUGGAUGUUGGCACAAGCAAUUAAAUUCAAAGUUGUUUUCAAACUUGGAGCUAUUGGUACUUUUGCAACAACCUUUCCUUCUUAUUUGGGUUUGUUGUCAUAUCAUCAUGAUGUUUUAGCACUCAUGCAACACUAUCCUGAUCAGCUUCGCGCAACGGGAGUAGUUGGUAAAUACCCCUAUCUUCCAAAAGCACCUAUUUGCCGAUUUGACGGAAGAGGAAGCACUACCAUGUUUGAAUCAUUAUUCUGGUGGGCGUUAGAAUUAUUGCCCAUAAGCUACAAGAUUGAAGAUCGGUAUGGUGAACGUAAACGUGUCGUUUCCCCAAAUUUAGGAGAAUCCAGAAUACUUCCUGAAGAUUGUAUUCUUCACUGGAGUGUCUUUUAUAGACUUCAUUACGUUUCAGAUUAUAAUCCCACCAAUCUUCCUCCCGAUAUUGGGGAAAAAUUCUUUCAACUGUUACUGCAAUUGAAGCUUUUCAAUUUUAAUACCAUCAGGGAUUAUUCUGAAGGAUUAACUAUUGACAAAAUCAAACAAGAUUGGAGUUCACAAAUUUGGAAAGUGAUUCCAGACGAAUUAAGUGCUAUUCUUGAAGAAAAUCCUCACUUAUAAUUGCUCUUUAAUGAAAUCUAGUUACUAAAGCUUUAUAUUUUUAUUACGAAUAUACACAAACAAAACUCAAAUAUUAAAAUCAAAAAUAAACUGGUAUGUAUAAUGCCAUGUAUACUCUUUUUUUAUAUGUAUAAUUAUAUGGGUAGAGGGAUUCACAUAUCAAUAAAUAUGAGAAUUGGCAAAAAUGUACAAAGGAUGAAAAGUAUGAAUAAAUCUCUCUCUGCUCUUUUGUUUUACAAAAUGAUCAUGAUAUACAGGAAUGGGAGUCAGAAUGGGGCCCUGCUUAACCAACAAUUAAGGUUUCUUCGUCAGCAAAUUCAUAUUGUGGAACUUCCAAGUUUAAUGGGGCUGGACCUUUUCUGAUUCUACCGGAGAUAUCGUAAUGGGAACCGUGACAUGGACAGAACCAACCACCGAAAUCACCAGAUUCACCGAUAGGAACACAACCCAAGUGGGUACAGAUACCCAACAUGACUAACCAUUCUGGCUUCUUAACACGAUCAGAAUCAUUUUGAGGGUCUCUCAAAGAGGAAAUAUCAACCUUGUUAGCUUCUUCGAUUUCAUCAGCAGUUCUGUGUCUAAUGAAAACUGGCUUACCUUGCCAUUUGAUAAUGACGUUCUUACCUUCUGGAAUAGCGCCCAACUUAACUUCAACCUUGGCCAUAGCUAAGACAUCAGCAGAGGCAGCCAUGGAAGAAAGGAAAGUUUCAACAGUGGACUUGGCACCUGCGGCAGAUAAUAAACCCAUAGAACCAACCAUGAAGUAAGCAAAGUUUCUGCUACUAUCUUGGCUCUUGUUGUUCAAGUAUGAACUGUAGUCUGGGUGUUGGUAGUUGGUUAAAGUGGAAGUGGUAGAAGAUAAAGUUCUUAAAGAGU